CUCAUGUUGUAGCUGUAUGCUGAACAGAACAAAGGAAAUCCUGUCGUGACAACUCUGCACCUGUGAGACACACUUCAAGGUCUGAACCUGAGAGGACGAGAUGGAUGCUUUGACAUGGGCUCUGUUUUUUGUGUGUUUUUGCUGUAGAGUUACUCAAACUGAAGCCUCGUCUUGGUCAGCCACGGUGCCGUCCUCAGUUGAAGGCCUCCUUGGAUCCUGUGUGGAGAUUCCCUGCUCAUUUGACUACCCAAAUGCAGACAGGCAGAUCACUGGAUUCACUGGGAUGUGGACUGAUGAGGCACAUCAGCUCAUUUAUCACCCAAACGAGUCAAAAAUGAUGCAGCGGUAUCGGAAUCGGACACGGCUGCUGGGAGACGUCAGACAGAAGGGCUGUUCACUGAAGAUUGAUCCCCUUCAACAAAGUGACCGAGGGCCUUUUUAUUUCAGGAUCGAAUUAGGAGACUAUGAAAAGUAUUCCUACAGGGAGAAGCCAGUCUCCAUUGCAAUAAAGACUGAACCAAAGCCCAUCAGUUUCUCUGUGAAAGAGGAGGCAGUGGAGGGUCAAACUGUGACUGCGUCCUGCUCCGUAUCGCACUCCUGCCCCACCUCUCCUCCUGUCUUCACCUGGAGUCACCCUGGACAGGAACAUUUCCAAUCGCAGCAGCUGGAUGCCAGCCAGUGGAAAGCAACGUCUACUCUGACCUUUCACCCUACCAGCGCCGAUCACAACAAGCCUUUACAGUGCACGGUAACGUACAAGGGAGGGCAGCACCACAAAACAUCCAAGGUCCUCAAAGUCAAAUACGCUCCAGUGAACGUGAAGGUUGAGCACAAGACCGAUGUAAAGGAGGGGGAAGCUGUGCAGCUGAAAUGCUCCUGUGAUGCCCACCCUCCUGCCAGCAGCUAUGUGUGGCACAAUGAAACUGGUGCUCAGCUGCAUCAAGGAAGCGUCUACAUGCUGUCAAAUGUCACCAGACACACAGGGGCCCUGUACUGUACUGCCGUCAAUACAGUCGGACAAAGCAAAUCAAGCCCUGUGCAGCUCAAUGUGUUGUAUGCCCCUGAGAUCAGGGCAGCCUCCUCUUGCUCCUCAGAGGCAGACAUGGUAAAGUGUGUGUGCAUUGCAGAGUCCAAGCCUCCCAGCAUGGUUCAUUUUUUGCUUUCUGACAAAGUCCUGCCGAGCACCAGGGUGGAGAAACAUGGCUCCCUUACCAUCGGGACUCUGCAGGCAGAGUUGGGAUCCUCUGAGGUUGUCUACUGUCUGGCAGACAACACACAGGGCAAUGCCACCCUCACACUCUCUCUACCUGUUAACAGUAAGAUGCAGAAUCCUUACAUCAUCAUCGCCACUGUAGCUGGUGGGAUUUUGGUGAUGCUUUUGAUAACGGUGAAAGCUGUUCAGAAAUACAGGGGGAGAUCUGAGGUCGCAACAACACCUCACAUGAGCUCCGUGAAGGCAGACAAAGAUUUGGCGCUCCCUCAGUAUGCUGCAACAAAAAGGUUUGGAAAAGAUAAGAGCUAUGAUGAUGUGCACUGCUCUGAACUUUAUGGCAAUGAUCAUGUUUAUGGCAACAUGGAGACUGACUGGGAUGAUGCGAUAUACGCCAACGUGUAAGGUCAGUCAACUCGGAGGAGGAACAGCUGCAGCCCCUCUUUGCGAUGUCCAGCUGAUGUGGGUCAAAAAAGUUGUAAAAACAGUAUUGAUAUGCUAUUUCUGUAUAUAUGACAUAUGCCUUAUUUUUCUGUCUGCUGUAAUUCACAUAUAUAUAUAUAUAUUUUUUAAAGUUGUUCAUGUUAUUUUUUCUCAUCUAGAACUUUUCCCUUACGGUUCAUCUCAUCAACAGCAACUUAUGUGUUGUGACAAAUCACUAUUAAACUGUAAUCUUUUCUUGCAAA